AUGUCCAAGCCACAGAUAGUUAUCGUACCCGGCGCGUGGCAUGCCCCAUUCUACAUGGCAACAGUGGUUUCGAACCUUGAAUCACUUGGGUACACAAUUCACGCCCAGCAAAUGCCCGCUGUCGGCUCAUCCAACCCACCCUCAGAUCUGUCUACUGAUGUUGCUGCACUCAACUCCAUGGUCGAGAAAGCCAUUGAUGCAGGCAACGACGUGGUCGUUAUCUGUCACAGCUGGGGCGGCAUGGUAACUGGCAGCGGGCUCAUGGGACUCAGCAAAGCCGAAAGAGAACAAAAAGGGAAAAAAGGAGGCGUUAUAAGGACGGGCUAUAUGACCGCUUUCAUUGUCGACAUAGGUGUCAGCAUGAUGGACGCCGCUGGCGGAAAACCUGCGCCGUGGUUCGGUAUUCAGGUAAGCCAUCUCUUUCCCUUUUGCCUUGAUCCCAACGUUUUGUACAACGACCUUCCGCCAGCGGAACAACAAAAGUGGGGAGAAAAGUUACAGUGUCAUGCGUACGACACCUUUUACGCAAAAGCAACCGCUGCCUCGUGGAAAAAGAUCCCGACUAACUAUUUGCUGUGCGAGGACGAUCUGGCGAUUCCAAGAGAAGGCCAGCAAGCUAUGAUAGAGGGUGUUAAGGCCGUGGGGGCAGAUAUUGAAGUCACGAGCAUCAAGGUGGGGCAUAGUCCGUUUCUAAGCAAGGUAGACGAGACAGUAGCGUGGAUCGUGGGCGUUGCUGGUCGGUAG